UGGUCAAUUUUCAUUCAGAGAAUCCCCAUAAAUGUAUAUAAUGAACAAUAUGAAAGUUCGCUGACAUCAAGAAAAGGCAUCAGUAUUUUAAGAUUAUGCUUAUAUUUACUGUUUGCAUAAAUAAUUAAAAUAAGAACAAUAACUCGUAUCACGCAGAAAAGAACAUUGGCGCUGCUUUCAAAAUGGUGUCAUUCGCGUGUUCACACUUGUCAAAAAUGUAUAUUGCCUGCAUUAGCCUCUACUAUUAAUUCUCUACACUAGAUUCUGUACUUACUGGUGACACUAAAACACAGACACACGACUAUGUUUCUAUAAAAUAUGAAUUUCUCUGAACUCUUCCACCAAUCUGGACAGUUAUGUCGAUUUUCGCCGGAUGGAAAAUACUUGGCAUCAGCGGUUGACUACAGACUAGUCAUAAGAAACACUGACACUUUACAGAUUGAAAAUGUUUUCUCCUGUAUUGAUUCAAUCAAUUAUAUUGAGUGGUCCAAUGAUUCUGGUUUUAUUCUAUGUGCUAUGUUUAAAAGAUCUGUAGUUCAAGUAUGGUCAGUAGAGCAACCAGAAUGGAUAUGUAAAAUAAAUGAAGGACCAGCAGGUUUAAGUAAAGCUAUAUGGAGUCCUGAUGGAAGACAUAUUCUAACUACAGCAGAUUUCAAUAUAAGAAUAACGGUAUGGUCAUUAUUAUCUAAAUCUGUUUCUUAUAUUCGAUAUCCUAAACAGUGUGAAAAAAGUGUAGCUUUCAGUAAUAAUGGUAAAUUUAUGGCAUUAGCAGAGCGGAGAGAUUGUAGUGAUUUUAUUAGUAUAUUUGCCUGCGAUAACUGGACGUUGUUAAAGAAUUUUGAAUGUGAUACAGACGAUUUAGCUGGUGUAAACUGGUCCCCUAAUGACUGGGUUUUAUGCAUUUGGGAGUCUGAACUAAAGUAUAAAGUAUUGAUAUACCAUCCUGAUGGCACAUGCCUAUCAAAAUAUUCAGCAUAUGAUUGGGCAUUGGGUAUAAAAUCUAUAGCCUGGUCACCUACUUCACAGUUCCUAGUUAUUGGUAGUUAUGAUGAAAAGGUUAGAAUAUUGAAUAAUAGAACAUGGCAAAAAUUGAUAGAGUUUUCACAUCCUGCAACUAUUGAUGAAGAGAAUGUGGCUGUAUAUAAAGAGAUAGAAACAAAAACACCUUCAGCACCUUUAGAUCUAGAUCCGCCCACAGCAUCAUUAUUUAAUGCACAGAGUAGAUAUGAAUGUCAAGUGUUACCUGUUGAAGUACCAGUUGUUAAACCUAAUGUAAAUAAAGCCCAUCCAAAGAUAGGUGUUAGUACCUGUUCCUUUAGUCCAGAUAGUAAAUAUAUGUUCACUAGAAAUGAUAAUAUGCCUUGUGUUUUAUGGAUUUGGGAAAUCAAAAGAUUAUCUCUGUGUGCAGCAUUAAUGCAAGCAGCUCCUAUCAAAUGUGUUAAAUGGGAUCCUGUCAGAACAAGAUUAGCUUUAUGUACUGGUAAUAAUAAAUUAUACAUGUGGUCACCAGAAGGCAGUUUAUCUGUUGAUGUACCAGCAGGUAGAUUUAAUGUACAGUCUAUAAUAUGGCAUCCAAGUGGGGAUUCAUUACUUCUAUUAGAUAAAGAUAUGAUGUGUGUACUUAUUAAUGCAGACAACCGAGAGAGAGAAUCUUAAAGGGAGCAUGUUAUUUGUUCUAAUUUAUAUAUAAGAAUCUAUUAAAAGUGCUUUCGCAAAUAAUUAUAAAAUGUAUCCAUAAUAUGGAAAUUAAUAAAUUUAUUUUUGAUCUA